AUGGGAAAAGAGAAAGAGAGUGUGUCAGUCAGUAAAAGAAAACGUGAGACAGAGAGAAACGGAAAGUUACAAACGGCUGUUAGUGGGCUUUUGAUAGAGCACGAAUCUCGAGGAAAUCCUAUGCCACCGAGGGGCGUACCUGAGCACGCUGAGCCUGCUGUUGGCGUCACCCACAUGUGCUGCGCCCCCGUCCUUUUCCGGAUCCUCCUCGAGAGACCAGGACCCGAGGCGCAGCAGCAGCCGCGGCGUCACGUGGAGGUGCUGACGGGCGGGGUGCCGCCGCCCGCGGCGCUGCUUGAGCGCGUGGAGCGCAUGGGGUUCUGCGUCACGCACGCCUACGGGCUGACGGAGGCGACGGGCCCCGCGCUCGCCUGUGAGUGGCGGGCCGAGUUGGACCGCCUGCCGGCGGCCGAGCGCGCCGCGUUGAAGGCCCGACAGGGCGUGAGCGCGUUGUCCCUGGCCGACGCCAACAUGAAGAACGCCGAGACCAUGCGGAGCAUCCCCCACGACGGCAGGUCCGUGGGGGAGAUCGUCCUCCGCGGCAGCAGCAUCAUGAAAGGCUACCUCAAGAACCCCGCGGUGAACGCGGAGGCGUUCGGACAAGGAGCUGGGUGGUUCUUCACGGGCAACGUCAGCGUCGUCCACCCCGACGACUACGUCGAGAUCAGGGACCGGUCCAAGGACGUGAUCAUCAGCGGCGGCGAGAACAUCAGCAGCGUCGAGGUCGAGGCCGUGCUAUACCGCCACCCGGCUGUGGCCGAGGCUGCCGUCGUCGCCAUGCCGCACCUGCUGUGGGGGGAGACGCCGUGCGCCUUCAUCGUGCCCAGGGAGGGCCCCAGUUCUGCAAAUGAGGAGGUUGUCGUCGCCCACUGCCGGGCCAACAUGCCGCAUUUCAUGGUGCCCAAGAAGGUGGUGUUCGUCGACAGCUUGCCGAAGACCGCCACGGGAAGAUACAGAAGAACGAGCUCAUGA